AGGAGAAGCAACAUAACACAACACAAACCACCCGAAAUAUGAACAAAAAACACAUAGCCAGUGUCACACUGAGCAACAAAAACAACUUUUUUCUGUACUUUCUCACGAAUUUUGAUCUGUUACUGUUUUUCUUCCAAUGGAAACUAUUCUCUCCCCUCCUUUUUCUCCUCUCUUCAACCCCAAAACUUCCCUUUCAAAGCCUUUUCUUUCCCUUUCUCACUUACCCAGAUCAACUAAGCCAAUUUGCUGCAGCCUCAGAAAACAACAUUCCCAGAUUGAAAAAGAAUCUUUUUCAGUACCCAAAAGUUGGGUUUCUCAUGUCCAGCAAGGAUUAGCUGCUCUAGCUAUUUCUUUAGCCCUUAAUUUUUGCCCAGUUGUGUCUUCUGAUUCUGCAUUGGCAUCUGAAUUUGAUGUGUUAAAUGAAGGGCCACCAAAGGACUCAUAUGUAGUUGAUGAUGCUGGUGUGCUUAGCAGGGUGACAAAGUCUGAUUUGAAGGCAUUGUUGUCUGAUGUAGAGAAGAGAAAAGGCUUCCACAUUAAUUUCAUCACUGUCCGCAAGCUCACUAGCAAAGCUGAUGCUUUUGAGUAUGCUGAUCAAGUUUUGGAGAAGUGGUACCCUAGUGUUGAACAAGGAAAUGAUAAGGGUAUAGUUGUGCUCGUUACAAGUCAAAAGGAAGGCGCAAUAACUGGUGGCCCUGAUUUUGUAAAGGCCGUUGGAGAUACUGUUCUUGAUGCUACCGUCUCAGAGAACCUUCCAGUCUUGGCUACUGAAGAGAAGUACAAUGAAGCAGUUUUCAGCACUGCCAGACGUCUCGUUGCAGCCAUUGAUGGCCUUCCUGACCCUGGUGGCCCCCAACUCAAGGAUAACAAAAGAGAGUCCAACUUUAAAUCCAGAGAGGAAACUGAUGAGAAAAGAGGACAAUUCACACUUGUGGUUGGUGGGCUGUUAGUGAUUGCUUUCGUUGUUCCUAUGGCUCAAUACUAUGCAUAUGUUUCAAAGAAGUGAACUGUCUGAUUCUGGAAAGUUACAUUUGAGUAAGCAUGUAUAUUAUCGUGUACAAAAUGGUCCAUUCGGAAAUGACUGAUUCAUGAGAUAUUUAAAAAGGAUAAAUAUGAA